UCCUGAAAUGCCCUCAUGUCCAAACUUUGUGGUCAUUUUCAGUCCCAAAACGCCCUCGUGUCGCCCACUCUUCCCGCUAUACACCUCAAACUUACAAAUGAUAAUGCCCAGAAUGCCCCUGCUAUCCGCCGCCCAAAUUUUCCACGCUUCACUAUCGUCAGAUCUCGAUCCCCAAUUUUUCCAGCUCUCGAAGCUGCAGCGAUGGAUCAAGAGCACGAGGUCUAUGGCGCCGAUAUCCCCGCCGACGAGCCCUACAUGGAUGGCGACGAUGACGAUGGCGACGGUGGUGAUCACGAUCCCCAAGAUUCCUCCGGCACCGAGAAUAUUGAGGAUUUGAAGAAGCGAUUGAGGGCCAUCGAGGAGGAGACUGAUGCUCUUCAGGAGAUGCACGACAAGGUCGCCAAAGAAAUGGGCGCCCCUGCCUUUGAUGAAUCUUCAAGUUCUGCUGCAACCCAAGCUGAAAAGGAGGAGGUGGAUUCUCGUUCAAUCUAUGUUGGUAAUGUAGAUUAUGGGUGCACCCCAGAGGAAGUCCAGCAGCAUUUUCAGUCUUGUGGGACAGUUAACAGAGUGACAAUUCUAGCUGAUAAAUUUGGCCAACCUAAGGGAUUUGCCUAUGUGGAAUUUGUUGAAGUUGAUGCUGUUCAGAAUGCUAUCCUACUAAAUGAAUCAGAAUUGCAUGGACGCCAAUUAAAGGUCUCAGCUAAAAGAACCAAUAUUCCUGGAAUGAAGCAAUAUAGGGGGCGUCGGCCAAAUCCAUACAUGGGUUUUCGAUCACGAAGGCCUUUCAUGCCAGCUCCCUAUCCCUCAUUUGGAUAUGGCAAGGCUCCAAGGUUCAGGAGGCCUAUGCGCUACAGGCCAUAUUUUUGAGAUCUCCAUGUUAUAUGUUUGGCCAUGUCAUGGAAUUAUCCAGCUUAUACACUCUGUUUCACUAAUUGUGUUUCUUAAAAGCUGGACAGAUGUGAGAACAUCGACGCAUUCUCGCAUCACUUGUAUUAUCUUAGUUUUCAUGAUCAAACAGCAUGCAACAAAACCAGCAAACAUCACUGAAUUCACUCUUUUGAACAAUGAGAGAAGACAGGAUUGAGCAUCAAGCCAGAUACAAAAGUUUGGUAAUAAUACAUUGAUGUUUUAGCAACCGGAAGACUGAUGAUUAGUGAUAAUGAUUGUGUAGUUUGAUCAUUUGUUUUGUGAAUUGAGGAUCAAUUGCUCAUCAUGUUUAAGUUAUGCCUACUUAACUACUGAAUCUCCAGAUUAAGGAUCUCAUUCUGUUGUUGUUGUUGUUUGUAUUUAUGCAAAAACUUGGUAGGUUGAAUUGUAACAGUUAUUAAAACUGAUUGGAAGUUUAUUAUGCUAAAGUUUAUGUGAAACUUAAAUAUUUGCUCAA